GCUGCGCCGCCUGAGUCAGCUGACGGCAGCGGCGGCUUCCAUCAUGGCUGCCCGGCUAGGGCGGCUGCCGGCGGUGCUGGCAAGGCGGAGAGGAGCGGCAGAGGCCUGGAUCCUGCUUCUUCUUUGGUUCGCGGGUGCAGCCGUGGAGGGAGCGGCGGCCGCGGAUCCGCCGCUCAAGUGCGACGAGUUGAGGCUGGGGCAAUAUAUGUGCGAUGAGCCUAAAAUAGAUAACAGCACACAGGAACCAAUGAAUUGCACAAAUCACACAGCAUAUGUUCAAUGUCUGCCAGCACCAAAUAUUACUUGCAAAGAUCACCUUGGCAUAGAAAGAGCCUUUACGGGACAUGAAGUUGGAUUUUACAAGCCUAUUGCGUGUCGCAAUGUCAAUGGAUACUCCUACAAAGUGGCAGUGGCUCUGUCCUUAUUUCUUGGAUGGUUGGGAGCAGACAGAUUUUAUCUAGGCUAUCCUGCAUUAGGUUUGUUAAAGUUCUGCACUGUAGGAUUCUGUGGCAUUGGUAGCCUAAUUGAUUUCAUACUUAUUUCAAUGCAGAUCGUUGGACCUUCCGACGGCUCGAGUUACAUUAUAGAUUACUAUGGAGCAAGGCUGACACGGCUCACCAUUACCAAUGCAACCUUCAGGAAAAUGCAGACCUAUCCUUAACCCUGGCAGUAAGUGUCACAAAUGUGUAGGUGCAGUUUAUUUGUACAGGUGGAUCCAGUCAUCCACUACACUUGCUGCUGACUUAUUAAUUGCACUUCAAAAGAACUGAAUAUUAAAUAUACAUCGAACAAGGAUGAUUAAAAAUACACAAAUUCCUCAAGCGAGUGAGUUUACCUCAAAGGCACCGAGUUCCUUUACGACUGCUCUGUUUCUGUGAGCACAUUCUUUUUUGCUAAGUUGUACCAUUUGUGAAAUGUGCAGAUUUCUGCAAGUUGCACUGAUGUUGUUCUGUGUCUGUAAGUGUAAUCUAGAGUUACAGAAAGGCAGAGAAAGUUGUUCAGGAUUGCACCUGGGGAGGCUGUGUCUCUUUUCGUAACUGUAUGUGACAGUUUGUAAACGAACUUAAAUAUACCAAACCACAGAAACUGCCUUUCUUCUCAUCCUGUUGAAUUAAAAUCAUGAUGGCCCUAAAUCUUGUGCUGGUGUAUCCUGUGGAAUUCUGUUAAUUGAAAUUAUUAUUCUCAUAAAGCUUAAAGACAAAGUUGGGUCAAGUUGCAAAAUACGGUCAGUGCUGAUCAGCAGUAGAAAUAUGGAUGCAUAAAAAAUAGCACCAUAGGUGACACAUUGCAAAGACAGGAGGGUGGAUGUUGGGAUGCCCCAAGGUUAGAAUAGGAAAUAAUUCUGCUUAUUUUGACAAAGGAAUGUAGUGACAGGAUGAGAGGUAAUGGCCUCAAACUGGAAGAAGCUGGAUUUAGAUUGGGCAUUGGGAAGAAAUUCUUCCCCAUGAGGGUGGUGAGGAACUGGAAAGAAAAGUUCUGGAGGCUCCAAGCCUGGAAGUGUUCAAAGCCAGAUUGAAUGGACCAUUGAGCAACCUGGUCUGGUAGGAGGUGUCUUUGCCCAUGGCAGGAGGAUUAGAGUCAUAUGAUCUUUAAGGUCCCUUGCAAUACAAACUAUUCUGUAAUUCUAUUAUUCUGAUCACUUUUCCCUCCCUUGCAGUUAUCCAUACCUUCUUUUCCUGAAAAUAAACUGGUGCAUGUGUUUUACAGCUACAGAAUGUCAAAAAAAUUGAUUCUUUGUACUAAUAAAGCCCUUAAAAUGCUCUUACUUUAGAUCAGUUGUGUUUCAGUGAAAUAAAUUUUGUGUUCUCCAAAGCUGUUUGACCAAAGUCUUUUACAACCAAGAUUUACCUUGACAUUCCUUGAAAGAAAAGUGUAUACACACAGAGAUAGAAACCAUGUCAACAGAACCUUUGUAUUAUUUGGCCAAUUUUAAACAUUCCUUUACCUCUUAAUGAAAAACACUAGUAACUGAGUGAGAAAUUCACAUGGUGGAAACUUUCAUGUAGAUUUUGUUCAAAAAUUUGGCCUAUUCUUUUGUUUCUCAGAUGAAACAUCCAAAAUGUUAUUAAUCUGUCCUCAAAAUGUGUUUUUAAGGGAAUUACAAAACCUUGAGAUUCCUAGAUUGAUUUCUAAAAAGUGCAAUUUGUGGGGUUUAGUUUCUUUUAAACCUACUUUAAGACUGGAGCACACAAAGCUUUGUGAAGAAAUCCUGUGUUGUGUUUGGUUCCCCCCUGCCCCAGUCGACAUAAUCUGACAUCAUGUAGCGAGAAUAAACCACAAGGAAUACUUUGUGCUGAACCUUCAUUUUUCCCUUCACACAAGAAAGAUGUUCUGGAACAUGUGCUAAUGUGUGUUUUAUUUGUGGGUUCAAAGAGACAAGAAUGCUCUCAGCUUCCUUCACUUGCCUGAUGUGUUGCAUCUCCCUUUGGUCUCUUUCACUAAAUGCUCUUUGUGCAUGUUGGUUUUGUUGUCUGAAAGACUUUCAGAAACACAUAGGAAGUGGAUGCAAAAUAAAUAUUUGAAUCAAAUAAAAUCUCAUG